AUGAUUCCACAAAACACAAUGGUUUUGCGCGAUGGCAGGCUACAGGUCCACCAGGCUUCGGAGCUUGUCCCAGGCGACCUUGUACUAGUGCGUAGCGGUGACAAAGUCCCUGCAGACAUGCGUUUGGUACAUUGCGAUGAGCUUAAGAUGGACAACUCAUCCCUGACAGGCGAGUCAGAGCCGCAAGAGCGAAGCACGGCAGUUUCUGCAGCAGGUUUGCCGCCACAAGAGGCUGCAAAUCUCAUAUUCAAUGGAUCGAUUGCAGUCUCUGGAGAGGGGCUUGGAAUUGUUGUGCGCAUUGGAGAUGCCACAAUGCUCGGUCAAAUCGCUGGCCUGACCAUGAGUGGCGAACGGCGACCGUCGCAAUUAACGCGUGAAAUCGAUAUCUUUGUCAAGGUGUUAGCGGUCGUGGCCAUCACAACGGCAAUAUUUUUCUUCUGUUUUGGGUUGGUGCGCAACCUGUCUUUGGGCAUGAAUUUUAGCUUUGCCGUUGGCGUUUUUAUCUCCUUCGUGCCUGAGGGGCUACCGCUUACUGUCACGGCUCUUUUAACGCUUUCCGCCAAAAAGAUGGCGGCGCGAAAUGUGCUCGUAAAAGAUUUGCAUGGUGUAGAAACGCUUGGCGCCAUUACGUUAUUGGCCACUGAUAAAACGGGAACAUUAACGCAAAAUCGUAUGAGUGUCAGCGAGAUAUGGAUGAACUCGGUGCUCUAUGGUGUCUCCUCUUCUGUGUCUACAGAGGAGACAGCGCAACGUCGUAGAUUUGCGUUGGAAACAACGCCAAAUGCACAGCAGUUGAUUGAGAUCUGCGCUCUCUGCUCCAAAUGCAGAUGCGGCUUCUCUGAAAGCGCUAUCAGCCCUAAAUCAACCAAUUCCAUGCCAUUUUCGGAGAGCAAUGGCCCCGUGUCAUCACCUGAAGCAGCCAGUCUAAGCUCAAACAAAUCAUCCGCUAGUACAAAUAACAAAACAAGUAACCUUAACAGCGUCCUGCCUUCUCAAUUCAAAAUCUUUGGCGAUGCCACGGAAGUGGGGCUCUUCAAAUUCGCCCUGGAGUGCGAACCAAACCUUGAUGAGCGCAUCAUUGCGGAACAUCCAAAAGUAUGGGAGAUCCCAUUCACAUCACAUAACAAGUGGCAUUUGACUGUUCAUCGCUACGACCACGUGGACGGCUUUUUCAUGGCCAUGCUCAAAGGCGCUCCCGAGCGAGUUGCUGCUCGAUGUACUCAUUUGCUCAGCGGCACAUUGAAGCUGCCGUGGAACGAUGUGGCACAGGCUGACUUUGAGGCUACUUAUGCCCAAAUGGCAGCACAGGGUCGUCGUGUGCUGGGAUUAGCAUCAUUGGCAUUGCCAGGUGAUCUUUUUCCUGUUGAUUGUGCUUGGACAUCUUCAGACGUAGAUGCAUUGCGAUCCUUCCUAAUUGAUCCGGUUUCCUGUGUUUCUGUUAAAGCUUCCAAUGUUGAUGGUAAAGAUGUCCCGCCUGCGCCCAAGGGAUCGUCAUCUUCUAGUUGGCUUGGAUUUACAUUGGUCGGGCUUGUUGGAUUGAUGGAUCCGCCAAAAUCAGGUGUGCGGCGUGCGGUCAAUGCUUUGCGGAUGGCUGGAAUCCAGGUAGUCAUGGUCACUGGCGACCAUCCACUAACCGCUGAGGCUAUUGCGAGGCGUGUUGGAAUUUUACAAGGAGACAUUGAGCGCAUUGAUGCACCAGAUGUUGGCUGUGGCAAAGAUGCUAUCGCAGGCCAAGUCAAGGCUGAUGUUGCGGACUCUGCAUACAGGGUUCCCGCGGAAGGCAUUGUUGUUCACGGAGAUGCCAUUGAUAGACUGACAGAUUUAGCUUGGGAUCAAGUUCUUUCACACUCUGAAAUCGUUUUUGCACGCACAUCUCCACGUCAUAAGUUGGAGAUUGUAACGCGAUGUCAAGCCAAAGGUCAUAUUGUAGGUGUCUCUGGAGAUGGCGUUAAUGAUGCACCAGCACUCAAAAAGGCUGAUCUCGGCAUCUCCAUGAAUGUUUCGGCCUCCGAUGUUUCCAAAGAGGCCGCCGCAAUGGUUCUGCUUGAUGACGACUUUUGCUCUAUUGUUUCAGGCAUCGAGCAAGGAAGGUUGCUGUUCGCCAACUUGAAAAAAUCGAUCAGAUACACGCUGACACACUCUUUGCCUGAAAUCAUGGCCUUCCUCUGCUUUUUGGUUUUGGAGAUACCAUUACCCAUCAAUACAUUGCUAUUGCUGACGAUCGAUCUUGCCACGGAGCUGGCACCGUCAAUUUAA